AUGAACAAUGUUAUCAAGCGCAUUGACGAAGUGGCGGCUUCGUGUGACGCUAUCGGGUUUCGCCAGGCGGAGGCUGAGAGCCGCACCUCCGCUCUGGAGGACGACAUGGCGCCGCUGCAAGCCAGAGUGAACGAGCUGAUUAAGUCCAAUUCAGAGCUAGCGUCGCAAGUUUUGGAUCUCCAGGCUCGAUCAAGGAGGGAUAAUUUAUGCGUCUCUGACAUCUCCAUUGACCGUGCCCACCGCACAUUUGGUCCAGCUGCUGAUGACCGCCCUCGCCCAGUCAUCAUCAAGUUUCAUCGCUCGAGGGACGUCACCACGGUAUUGUCUGCAGCUAAACGCGCGGGGGACCUGCAGUACGAGGAUCGCCCUCUGCGCAUAGUGCCUGACAUCCCCCCGCGGUGCAACUCAUCAGGAGAGGCUUCACCGACGUCUGCAUGGAGCUCAUCAAGAGAAAAAAGCCGCAACAAGCCGAAGAGAGGAGGCGAAGGCGCAGCGCAGAAACGAGAGAAGAGAGAGGAAGCGCGGCGCGACACAGAGACGAAAGCGAAGCGCGACACGAGCGCCGACCGCGAGAGACAGCAGAGAAGAGGCGCGACAAGAGAGCGACGCGAAAGACGAGACGAUCGAAGCGGCGACGAACGCGAAGAGAAGACCCAGCGAGAGAGAAGCAGACGGAAGAGACAAUGCGAGAGAACACCGCGAGAGAAGAGACGACGAGCCGACAAGAACCGAGAAGCAGAUGACAGCGCAACAGACAACGAGCCGCGAGCAGAGUACAGAAAGACAGAGAAAGAGCCACAGAGCAGAUAA